CCCCCCGAGAACUGGCCCGCAAAUCACACAACGACGUGCCGCAUGGUGGGAAUCUCCGAGUCGUUCCAGUGUCGCCCCGGGAAGCGCUCCACCAUGCCCGACUCACCUGCGGACGUCAAGACACAGUCCAGGUUGACCCCGCCGGCCAUGGCGCCCCCGCCCAGCACGCAAGGAGCCCCCCGCAACAGCUCCUACACGCCCACCACCCUGACCAACGGUAGCAGCAGCCACUCGCCGACGGCCCUGAACGGCGCGCCGUCGCCGCCCAACGGCUACGGCAACGGGCCGGGCUCGUCGUCGUCGUCGCUGGCCAAUCAGCAGCUCCCGCCGGCGUGCGGCGCCCGGCAGCUGAGCAAGCUCAAGCGCUUCCUCACCACGCUGCAGCAGUUCGGCAACGACAUCUCGCCCGAGAUCGGAGAACGCGUCCGCACGCUCGUCCUCGGACUGGUGAAUUCGACGCUCACCAUCGAGGAGUUCCACUGCAAACUGCACGAGGCCACCAACUUCCCCCUGCGACCUUUCGUCAUCCCCUUCCUCAAGGCCAACCUGCCGCUACUGCAGCGGGAGCUCCUCCACUGCGCCCGUCUGGCCAAGCAGAACCCGGCCCAGUACCUGGCCCAGCACGAGCAGCUGCUGCUGGACAGCAGCACGGCGUCGCCGCUGGACUCGGCCGAGCUGCUGCUGGACGUCAACGACAACGGCAAGCGACGCACGCCCGACAGAACCAAAGAGAACGGGUCGGACCGGGACGCGGCCCCGCACGGGGCGGACGCGCCCCCGAGCAAGCGGCCGUGCGCCAUCAGCCCCGGCGGGCAGCGCUUCAGCCCGUCCAACGGCAUCUCGUACCAGCCCAACGGCCUGGCGCACCCGGGCCCGCUGGCCCCGCCGCCCCCGCCGCACUACCGGCUGGACGACAUGGCCGUGGCCCACCACCACUACCGCGACGCCUACCGCCACCCGCCCGCCGCUCACAGGGAGAUCCGCGAGAGGGGCCGCCCCGUCGGCGUCCACGCGGGGGGCCGCCAGGAGGAGGUGAUCGACCACCGGCUGACGGAACGCGAGUGGGCCGAGGAGUGGAAGCACCUUGACCAUGUAAGAAAAUCUUUUGGCGUACAUGUAAACUCGGCGCCCGUCGUGUCCCGCCAGCUGCUCAACUGCAUCAUGGACAUGGUGGAGAAGACGCGGCGCUCGCUGACGGUGCUGCGCCGCUGCCAGGAGGCCGACCGCGAGGAGCUCAACUACUGGAUCCGACGUUACAGCGACGCCGAGGAGCUGAAGAAGAGCGCCGCCGCCGCCGCAUCCGGCGGCGGCCAUUCCAGGCAGCAGAGCCCCGCGGCGCAGGACAAUGCCGCUUCCGACAUUCACCGGGAGCUCCUGCAUCGGCCCGUUUCCGGCUACGUCCCCGAGGAAAUCUGGAAGAAAGCCGAGGAGGCGGUGAACGAGGUGAAGCGGCAGGCGGUGUCGGAGCUGCAGAAGGCGGUGUCGGAGGCGGAGCGCAAGGCCCACGAGAUGAUCAGCGGCGAGCGCGCCAAGAUGGAGCGCACGGUGGCCGAAGUCAAGCGGCAGGCGGCCGAGGACGCGCUCGCCGUCGUCAACCAGCAGGAGGACUCCAGCGAGAGCUGCUGGAACUGCGGCCGCAAAGCCAGCGAGACGUGCAGCGGCUGCAACACGGCCCGCUACUGCGGCUCCUUCUGCCAGCACAAAGACUGGGAGAAGCACCACCACGUCUGCGGGCAGACCCUCCAAGCCCAGCCGCCGCCGCCGCCGCCGGCCCCGGCGCAGGAGAGCCUGGCCCCGGCCGCCCCCGAUACCCCCGCCCCGGUCAGCUCCUCCGCGUGCACCCCCAGCAGCUGCGCCGGGAGCCCGGCCCCCACCCCGCCCGCGGCCCCCCGCUCGUCCACGCCGGGCACCCCGUCGUCGUCGUCCGCCCCGGACGGCCACUAGAGGGCGCCCCACCCCACGCUAAGCUAACGCGGCUAACGGAGCGCUUCCGUAACGUGGGUCAUAUUGACUCGCUGUGACUUUUAAUAGCAAAGAUAUUCUUUGUUGCCAACGAAUGAAUGUAAAUAGACGCGCCGUCGCUACUUUGUGCUGUUGCUGUUGUCGUCGUUUUCUUGUAAAUAAGAAGCGCCGGCGUCGUUUGCCGCAUUUUUUUUUUUUUUUAAUUUUUCACCGAAACAUUCUGUGAUCGUACUUCAACCGAGACAACUUUCACGUCCAUUCGAUUUGAAAACGUUCCCGUAAUUCGCCGUGAGAGACCGCAGGAUAGACUGCCUACGACCACGUGACUGCAAUCCGGCCCACGCGGCCAUGUUGGAUGGGUUGACUCGACUGCCGCGCCGUUCACGCUAAUGCUUUUGCAUACUAGAUCGGAGUCACGCAAACGUUCGUAAGACGUUGGGAAGUUAUCGGGGCUCAUUCGACGACGUUUCGAGAAACUGUUUCGACAGGAAGUGCGAUCAGAUCGACGACGUGUGCCUUGGAGGAACACAAACGGAGCGGGAAUUUCGGAGCUGUGGGCGUCGGUGAUUUAUCCAGACGUCGCCAACAAGCGCUUAUACCGUGGACCAACUCAAGAAUUACGAAAGUCCAGACCUUCGAGCAAUUCGUGAAUGGCUGGGUGGGUAAGCAACUCGUGUCUCCACACUGCUAAGGUUAGUGCACCCCACAAUGCAAUUUAAAUAUCUAGCGCGUGAUUACAGUCAGCGUUGUGUUCAAUUAUGUUGAUGAAUAUUUUUGUUUUUGUUCCCGAGAGGCGGAGAAAGAGAAGUUUGACCGAUUCCCGAGUGGAGCCCGCACCUCUUUCUCCGCUUCCUCGGCUACAUUUUUAGCUCAACUCACCAAACAGCUAGCGGUGCGCCAACUCGUUUUUACAAAUUUAUUAUAAUGAAACUGAAAUUACAGAAGAAUUUUGGAGACAUGCGUUGCAUUCACACACGCGAGCGUCGCGCUCGGCUAAUCGAUCGCCUAUGCUAAUACGAGACGGCCGUUUGGUUGCUAACGGCUCCGUUUUCUCGCACCGGUUCUCGAUCAUAGCCGGCCGUCGAAGGGAAGACGCUUUACAAACGCCCGCUUUCGUUUGAGCGACCGAUAACGUAGCAGCGCGCCCCCAUUUUCCACCUUUCCGAACGGUUCGUUUAUACUCGAAUUCACCCAACCAAGAUGGCGUCCGCGUUCUCAACUGUGAUGUCAGCCUCAACCGGUCUUAUCGCGUUCCCGCCGAGUUCUCACGGAAACUGCCGCGGUCGAAUUUUAGCCCACGUUUGAAACUCCCUCCCAGUAAAACUGCAGCGUUAUUGUACUCGCUUUAUGAAAGCAGAUAUUGAAUUUGAAUAUUUCUAACACAACAGACGUGUCUGCUGCAAAUUAUUAUUAUUAUUAUUUUUGUGAAGUGUCUUUUUCCAGUAGUUCUGCCUUGUGUGGUGUUGUGUCGUGCCGUGUUGUUGCUAAGAUUUGAAAUUUGGACUCGACGUUUGCCUCAGACGGGCUGGAUUUUAUUUUAUUAUAUUUUUAUUUUAUUAUCCAUAUCUGAUUGGAUUACUCGGUUUUGAAACUUUUUUUUUUUUUUGCCACCGCUGGAACCGACGGCCGGAAUAAUCUUCAGUAUUUAAAAAAAAAAAA